AACUCGAGUUCCUGAAUACCGUCUGGCCGCAAAACCGAGCGCCUCAGUGAGGCUAAUAGCAUUUGGACAAGCCCCUAUCGAUUCCUGACACUCGCUGAACCCACCCAGGCCAUCCAAUGUUCGCGUCCAAGCUUUCAGUCGUAUUCGGUCCUCUCAUCGUUUGUAAGAAGCGCUAUGUAAGGUAUAAUUCGUACGUAUACACAAUGACCAAAGCCAUUUCAACUGUUUUGGUUAUCCGAAGCUUGGUUCACUUUCCUCUUGACUUGCUUCCACCCUUCCUUGUCUUCUACUCGUCGUUGUGUAACUUCCAUCACUUUAUACCCUAUACCGCCAGUCACUCUUUUGUUCAUACGUUCCUUAGCUAUAUCCUAAACACAACAAUUCUAGCCACCUGAAACCUCACCUGACUUUCGGAGUCAGUCUAUAAUUCCCAAUGCUAGUGUCCUCAGUCAUCCUCCUCGUUUCUGCGAUUCUUCCUCUCACCGUUGGCGCUACCCAUGUCCAUAACCAACGCGGACGCCAUCAAGAAUUAGCCCAGCGGGCGCGAGGCGACGUAGGCAACCACAAACGCUCUUUCGACAACGCACGCUUCACCUUUUAUGACGUUGGCUUGGGUGCUUGUGGGCAGUACAGCUCUCCUAACGAUUUCAUCGUUGCCCUCAACGUCGCCCAAUAUGGUGCAGGUUACCCGGGUCCGCAGUGCUUCAAGUCCAUUACCAUUUGGUAUGGGGACAAAACUGCCCAGGCCACCAUCAUGGACAAAUGUAUGGGGUGCCCGUACGGCGGGCUUGAUUUCUCUCAGAGUCUUUUCAGUUACUUCGCUUCAGAAAGUGGUGGCGUUCUUUACGGGUCGUGGCGUUUCAAUGAUGGCGUCAGCAAACGCCUGCAUCACUAUGCUGCUGACACAAACGCCACCACCUCCACCAUAUCUGCAUCCGAAACCAGCACUACGUCUACAAGCGAAACCCCUACCACUUCGCUGACUGACACUAGUACCACAUCUACGAGCGAAACCCCCACUACCUCUCUGACCGACACUAGUACCACAUCUACAAGCGAAACCCCCACCACUUCUUUGACCGACACUAGCACCACAUCUACCAACUCUUUCCCAACGACGUCACGGUUGACUGCUCAUAUGACGGCACGGGUUUAG